GCGGCAGUCAGAGGAUGUGAAUGGAACACUGGGUAUUGGGCGAGGGGUCACUAACAAGGAUCAGUGAAUGGGAAAAGCUCUAAUGGAUUGGAGCCUCGCAUUUCAUCUGCUGCAAAUGAUCACUGGAUCUUAUUGUACUUUUAGCUUCAUGCACAUUUCUCUGCUAUUGGGUUAGACCUUCCUGACAAAGAGGCAAGGAAUUAGCAAGUGAAAGUGAACCCCACUUCAACAAACCUACUAAAAAAAAAACCCUGCAAACAUAUAUUUCCAUGUGUGUGAAGCUCCCUUAAGAUCAUUAUGUCUACCUGACAACGAGAUUCUGUUACAAAAGCUGCAAAUGCCAGAAAGUCAUCCUUGGUGAAGCCAAGGUUCUACAGAGACAGAAAUCUCUCCAUCUUUUUUUCCGCUGUGUGUGUUCCCUUUGAUCGUUCAAAACUGUUUCUCCAAAGAAUUUUGCAGAAACUAAGACUGUUUUCAAAAGCAGAAGCACCGCAGUCCUCAACUGAAGUGAUGGGCAGCGUGCGACCCAACCGUUACAGCGUUGUGUCUUCAGAAGAGGACGGGAUGAAGCUAGCCGCAAUGGCAGUUGCUAACGGAUAUGGGAAUGGAAAAAGCAAAAUCCACACCCGGCAACAGUGUCGGAGUCGGUUUGUGAAGAAAGAUGGGCACUGCAAUGUCCAGUUUAUUAAUGUCAGCGAGAAAGGACAGCGAUAUCUAUCUGAUAUCUUCACCACAUGUGUGGACAUUCGUUGGCGCUGGAUGCUGGUCAUCUUUUGCCUGGCUUUCAUUCUUUCUUGGCUCUUCUUUGGCUGUGUCUUUUGGCUAAUUGCUUUGCUACACGAGGACUUAGGUGCACCAGAAAGCCACAAGCCAUGUGUCACCCAAGUCAGCAGCUUCACGGCUGCUUUCCUUUUCUCCAUUGAAACCCAGACGACAAUUGGCUAUGGUUUCCGGUGUGUCACAGACGAAUGCCCUAUUGCGGUGUUCAUGGUGGUUUUCCAAUCUAUCGUGGGCUGCAUAAUUGAUGCCUUUAUAAUUGGUGCAGUGAUGGCUAAAAUGGCCAAGCCAAAAAAGAGAAAUGAAACUCUUGUUUUUAGUGACAAUGCAGUAAUAGCCAUGCGAGAUGGAAAGUUGUGCUUGAUGUGGCGAGUAGGAAACUUGAGAAAAAGCCACCUAGUUGAAGCUCAUGUGAGGGCCCAGCUCUUGAAAUCUCGCAUUACUUCAGAAGGGGAGUAUAUCCCCUUGGAUCAAAUAGACAUUAAUGUUGGUUUUGAUAGUGGAAUAGACCGAAUAUUUCUAGUUUCUCCAAUAACAAUUGUUCACGAAAUUAAUGAAGAAAGUCCUUUAUAUGAUCUCAGCAAACAAGACUUGGACAAUUCUGACUUUGAAAUUGUUGUGAUAUUGGAAGGAAUGGUAGAAGCCACAGCAAUGACCACACAGUGCAGGAGCUCCUACCUGGCUUGCGAAAUCUUAUGGGGCCAUCGGUAUGAACCUGUUCUUUUUGAAGAAAGAAAUUAUUACAAAGUUGAUUAUUCACGAUUCCACAAAACAUAUGAAGUGCCCAACACUCCUCUUUGUUGUGCCAGGGACUUAGCUGAGAAGAAGUACAUUCUUUCAAAUACGAACAACUUUUGCUAUGAGAAUGAAAUAUCUCUCACAAGCAAAGAGGAAGAAGGCAGUGACAAUGGGGUUCCUGACAGCAUGAGCACAGACACACAUCCCGAAAUGGACCAUUGCAACCAAGUUCCUCUUGAAUCCAGACCUCUUAGACGAGAAUCUGAAAUAUGACUCAUAAACUGCUUGUUCAAAAUAAUUGGUCAGCACCAAAUGCUGGACAUGGGCCCAUUUCAGUUCUCAGACCUUGGUACUCUAGGUAAGGGGUGUUUAAAGAAAAACAGCUGGAUAACCAAGGCUGGACUAAAAGCAACUGCAGAUAUGAUGUCCUUCGACACAAAUCUAUAUAGUACGAUAUAGAAAGUGCUGCAUAUGAAUGCAUAGCGCUAAUGCAGUACCAUUUGUUGACCUCUGGCUCACACAUGCCACAAUCUGACAUCCUAUACUUUUGCACCAGUUGCUCUAGGGUUAAAUACAGCAUCUUUUAAAGUGGACAGGUGGAAGUUGAAGCACUAAACAAUUUGAAGUGUAAUCUGAAGGCACAUAAUGUUGUACAAUUUGUAUAAAUAUAAAUAUAUAAAAUAUUGUUAUAUUUUUUGACAAAACUUGAACUUGCAGGCAAGCUUGUUAAGUUUUCAGUUUUAUCUAAUAUUGGGAACAAGUCCAUUUUUAAUGGCAUAACAAUGGGCAAAAUUCUGCCUUAAAUUCUAAAAUGCUGCUACUUACCUACACCUACGCUGUGUUGCAGUGGUGUACAUUUUUGUAUUGUAUUUCUUAUGUAUUGAGGAGAAAGAGGUGUCACAGAAGUGUUGGCCCUUAAAUGCCAAAAAUAAGUGUAGUGAUGUAUGCUAUUUAAACAUGCUCGUAGAAAUUCUAUCCAAAAUCCCCUAUCUUUUUGGAGAAGCCUUAAAAAUAAUGCAAGGGCCUCUCUCUAUAAGUGUGCUUUUUUCAAUCUAUACAUUUUCUAUGUAGAAACAAACUUCUGAUAAAGUAUCAAAUAAAUUAGGAACUAGAAGUAUGAGAAAUCUGGAACAGAUCCCUACCUAUCAGCAGAUAUUAAAGAUGAAUUCUAUACACAAUAGACCUGUAGCUGGCACAAAACAAGGUCUACUCUAUAUGUCGGGAGUAGUAGAAUUACAACUCUUCUGGGCAAUCACAAAAAGUAAAAAUAGCACUUUUUGUUUUUUUAGAAAAAAAUGACAUUCCAAAUGUUGUGGUUUGAAGGUGAAUCAGCAAAUUUAUAAACUAUUUUAACACCAUUAUCUACAAUUGUAAGAGUUCCCACCUCAGAAAUUUAGUCAAAGAAAAUGAAUGUUGGCCUUACCACAGAUUCUGAGGAAUCCAUCUCAAGACUCAAGAUCACAUUUAUGGGGGCAUUAACUGACAAGCACACACUAAAUUUCCCCUGAGCGUGUUGGAAAGAUUUAUAGCUGCUAUGAAUAAUUUGUAUGUUUGCAAAGUUCAGAGAGUUUAUUUUGAGAGAAAGGGGAGAGGCGGAUGGUGGAUUGAUCUUGUAUCAAACAAAAAUACAAAAAAAGCAUUGGAAAAAAGGAGAAUCUCAUUUGGAACUGAUGGAACACAUUGGAAAAAAUUAUUAUUUGGAGCAGAUGAUACUGUAAAAGAGUUUCUAAUAACUGUAAACAUGGAAAAGUGAAAUCUUUGAUUCAUUCCUUUAGUUUGGCUGGGAGUUUGUUGGUAUGAAGCACCAGAUGUGAGCCAUAUUGACAUUUUUCUUGACAAGGGCAGUCUAGGACUUCACAGUAUAGGCGGGGUAUUGCAGAUUAAUUUAUUAAAAGGGAUGUGCUACGUACAUAUUCCAAUAAAUACUUUUAUAAUAGCUUAUUUAUUAAAUAAAAAUGCCCCCCUUACUUUAUCUUCAUCUUUAAUUCAUUUCUGUAGUUUUAGAACAAGUAUGCAUAUUAAAAUAAGAUCAUAUAGUUUCUGAACUCUUUUACAGUAUUUGAAAAACUGUAUGCCAUUAAAAAUAAUCUUGUCCUAAUGAAUGGAAACCUGUGAAGGCCUUCAGGCCCUUAACAAAUGUCCUGCAAUGAAAGGGUGGUUUGUAACGCGGUUAAUAGUAUUGUUGGUAUUGAAACCAGAACAAGUUGGUGUUGCUAGGAUCCGUCACUCUUGCAAAGGUCAGAACCUUUAAAGUAAUGGAACCCACGGUGAAAUGGAAGUCCAAGUAGAAGUUAAUUAAAAUUUCAUUUACCUGCUGCUAAUAUAUUUGUUAAAAGGGAAGACAACAAACCAAAGAGUAUUUUAUGAUAUGGAGUUAAUGUUAUUGAUAAUGAUGAAGGAGAAGACACGAUCAUGCAUGUUUUUGAGAUUUGUUAUUCUGUGGGUCUAGCCCCUUUGACUAAGGAUAAUGUUAAUUACUUCCCAGCUACCUAAAGUCUUUUAAUAUUAAAGAACGAUUGAUGUAAAGAUUUUUUCAACCUACUUUUCAUUGGCAUAACAUUCCACCAAACAAGUGAUUAAGGUUAUUUUAUGGAAAUGGACUGUUUCCACGGGGACAAGUGUGCCUCUUUUGUGACUUGUUCUCCAAAAAAUCCAGAAGGUUUGACAUGCCCACAAUGAUUAUAGAAAUGAGAUUUAACUUUAUGUAGCUGGUGGUAUAAAAUCCUUCUCAGUGUUGCUGAUUGGCACCUUUUGAGGUACAACACACCACAGCUGAGGGACUCUUUUCAGUUCUUUUUUUUUUUUCAAUCUCUUUACUCAUUGUAUUUUCUAGAGCACACAUGUUUUUUAAGACAGACAGCGUCUUUUUGCUACAGAUACAGUCAUGGUGAACUCCAAUGUGACUUCUAUGCACUUUGACUUACCUUCUACCCUGCACAACAACCUCUACUUGAUCCCCCAGACUAUUUUCAUAUUGUUUUGAAAAGUGUAAAUUUUUUUUUAUUAAGGUUAUCAAUUAUUUUGGUAUUUGAAGCCAAAUGUAAAUAAAAAAUCUAUAAAAACAAACAAGAAAAAACACAAAAUGCCAAUUAGAAGAAUAAGUGGCGUCUAGGCAAUGAUACCUAGAAUUUAAUCAAAUCUUCAAACCUCAAAAGGUCCCAGUGAUAGGGGCAUAUGUUAUUUAUUUAAGCAUGUUCUUUUUCAUUUGAAAGUGGACUGUAGUUACCAACCAAUUAGAAACUGUUCAUAGUUUCAGAAUUCUUAAUUAUUUGUUUUUGGUUACAUGCAGACAAAACCCUUUGUCUUUACCGGGUAGAUGUGCACUUUUUCUGAAAGGGAAUUGAAGGUCUUUAAUGAAAAAAAAUGUUUCAAUAAUUUUAUGGAAUGCAGACUAUCCAGUGUUAGUACACGAACAAGCCAUUUAAAAUGAGAAGUUGAAGUUUAUAGGUUGACAUGAAUUUCUUGCCUUCAGUCCUAUAAGAAUGUGGUGUCUUUUAGGGUAAAACAUGAUCUCAUUUUGCAGUUUCUUACCUAUAAAGUAUAAAUGGUUUCCAAUAUACAUUUAUCUACUAGUGAAACAUUUUUCAACUGGAAAGAUUGAUCUUAAAUGUCUAAAUUAUUGAACUUGCCCUUAUACUAAAGUUCAAGUGGCUUAAUAGUCCAUGGUUCCUCUAGAAGUCUACGGAGGUUGUGACUAUGGAUGGGAAGAUGUGUUAUGGCAUACUUAUUAACUAGAAUAUUUAGUGCCCAAAUGAAUGGUUUUUUUUUUUAUCAAUUUUUUUUUUUUUAAAUCAGUGAAGGGGGGCCCUAUUAUAUGCUAGAGAGGUGAUUGUCUGACACCCACCCUCCCUUAAAUUUUAAAUAUAUAGGAAAACAAUGAUGUAGUAACAUUUAAGCCAUAGUUGCAAGACAAUCAAGAACAGCAAAUUAGUGUUUUCAUUUUAUCUCUACAGUUUGGGAACCAGUGUGGUAUAGCAUUUCUCCCCAUCCACCUACCAACGUGUAGACCUCACAGAGGUUUCAGUGGGGCUCAUUUCUAAACCCCUGGCAAAUCUGCACUUGGACAGUAACUAAUGGCAACCAAUCAUAUUGUGUUUUACAACCUGCAGCUGGCUGAAAAAAAAGCUAAUCACUGAUUGGUUGCUAUGGGUUACUGCCUAGAUGGAAAUUUGCCCAAUGUUUAUAAUUAAGCCCCAGUAUGCUCUUGUGUCUGAAACCAUACACACACACAUAUAUAUAUAUAUAUAUAUAUAUAUAUAUAUAUAUAUAUAUAAAAAAUACAUGUGUGGGUGGUUGUUGAAAUCCACCUUUAUUCAGUGCAGCUUCUCUACACAGUUUCUCUGCUGCUUAAGAUGCUUAUCAAGACUUUUAUUUGCAGAGAAGCUACGUGGAACUGAAAAACAGCUUUCAUCUUUAAUAUCAAGCUGAAUUGUUAAAGCUCAUCAUCCAAACAUAAUUUUCACUAUCGCUCACCCUCAAUUAAACUGAAGCAACACUUGCAUCUCUUAUUUUGUGUUCAGGAGCUAAGAGAGGCACAAGAUUUUUUUUUUUUUUUUAACACUGAGAGUGGAUUUUAUAUGUGUUCUAAGGUAUCUUGUUUUUUCUUCCUGAAAUACUUGAAAUGAGACAUUAAGGGGGUGUCUUAACAGAACACUGCAUGUGAAAACACAUAUGGAGUUUAUUUUGUGUAAAUAUAAUGUAUGUAUAAAUAUUUGUCUAGUUAUCAAAAUCCAUAUUGUUUCUCAGCUUCCAAUGCUUUUGCAGUGAAGAUAUGAUAUAUAACUUUGUUUUGGGAGAUGUCCUUUUUGUGGUAAAAACAUGCUGUAGAUCACUAGAUGCCUUUUCAAUCUAUUCUCUUGCAAUCCAACAUUUAUACUGUGUUUUUAGUAAAAAAUCAUUUACUGCCAGAGUGGAAUUUCUAUUUCUAGCAGUUUCAGAAUUUCUAUUUCUAGCAGGGAAUGGGGGUCUGGGUGAUAUUGCUGACCUUCUGUUUCCUGAUUUAAAAGAAAGCCCUGGUCUCUUUAAUUCUAGACUUUUUACCUGCCAAUGUCUCCCAGGGCUAUGCACCUUACAGCCAAGUUGGCUAAUACCCUAUUAACCUCAUAAGUCUUAUGAUAAAUGUUGUAGUCAUUAUUUGGCUUCAAAUAUGCAGGAAAAAAAUAUUCAUAGAUAAAAGAAUAUUACAAACGACUGGUCUAGAUUACUAGGCAAAAGACUAAACCCCCCUCAAAUGUUACAUUAUGGAAAUGUGGGUAAAUUAUUAUAUUUAUUAAGCGAUAGCUAGUUUGAUGGCAGGAUUUCCCUUAACAGCUAAAGUUGGGAACAUUUUUUAUUUAUAUUAGAUUUCAAUCUUUUUGUUAAAGACAAAGGGUUUAAACUUGCAUCAGCCUUUUACCUUUUGUUAUGUCUGCUCUGAUAUUGGGGUAACUACAUGAGCAAAUGUACUGUAAUGUCAUUAAACUCUGGCUGCUGUUGGCUUAGUAAAGGUCAAAUGGCAUAGCCUGGUCAUCAUCUUUAGCCAAUGCUAAUUCUGGUUUGGACAGCUUCUGACAAUCAUUGUAAAUAUUUCAUUUCUGGUUGUAGCCUUUUUAUUGUAUCAAAGUCUUCCUAAAAUGUACUGCACAGAUUCGGGAUUGUACAGAUUUUUUUAAUUAAUAUUAUGUCUUAUUUUAUUAUUUCUAAAA